AUGUUACUUGGAAAUGAUUGGAUCAAUAAAUACAAAAUUCAUCUGUUAAGUGACGAACAACGGCUCACGAUUCCUGCAUUUAAAGGCCGAAGAUUAUCAUUUCCAUAUGUCGCGCCACCUGACCUUAGUUAUCCAGUUUAUCUCGCUGAACAAAUUACCAUACCAGCUUCUUCACAACGACUAAUCAAUGUUAAUUUACAAGUAAAACAGGCAAAUGAUUUAAUUUUUCAACCUAUUAACCAUCUUCAAUCAAAACUUUUAUUUAUUCCAAAUGCAUUUGUCAAUGUAUUAAAUUAUACAACCAAAGUGCUUCUUAUUAAUGCACAGAACAAACAAAGAACAUUAGCGAAGAACACCAAGGUUGGAAUUAUCUCAAGAGAAUUAGAACCUUCUGUCUGUUUGGUUCUAAAUAAACCAUCAUCAAAUUUGAAUCAAGAUCAUUCAUCAAGGCUCUUGUCGAACAGCAGAACCGUCCGUCUUCAAGCGGAUGAUUCGUCUAAUCAAACGGAGGCUCAGUGUGAUAAAUGUCAUAAAAAGUUUUUAAGCGGAAACGAUUUACAGCAACAUUUACGUGAAAUAUGCUAUCCUCAAGAAAUUCGUGUCCAUAUUAACAAAUUAACACAACACAUAGAAGAUCCAACGCAAAAAAUACAGGUGCAAGAUAUUCUCUGGCGAAAUAAAGAUAUAUUUGAUUCAACGCCAUCCAUCGUUAAUAUCGAACCACAAUCAGCUAUUAAAACUGGUAAUCAUCCUCCAAUCUUUUGUAAACAGUAUCCAGCAAGUGCCAAAGAUCAGCAGACCAAAGCAGAAGAAGUCAAUAAAUUACUGCAAAGAGGCCAAAUUGAAGAAUCAACAUCGCCGUGGUCCUCACCUGUCGUACUCGUGAAAAAGAAGGAUGGCACCAUUCGAUUCUGCAUUGAUUAUAGGAAGCUGAACGAUGUUACGAUAAAAGACGUCUUUCCCCUGCCAAGAAUCGAUGAAAUCUUCGAUGAGCUAGCAGCCGCCGUAUUCUAUACAAAAUUUGAUUUCAAAGCAGGAUACUUUCAAAUACCACUGGCACGUCAAGAUCGAUCCAAAACGGCAUUCAGCACAAGACAUAAUCAUUACCAGUUUACGGUGCUCCCUCAAGGAAUCAGCAACGGCCCGCCGACAUUUCAGCGCAUAAUCAAUCAUAUAUUAGGACCAUCCCGUUGGCACUAUGCCCUGGCUUAUAUCGACGACAUCAUCAUUUAUUCAUCGACAUUUGAAGAACAUCUAAUUCAUCUUAAUGAAAUUUGCAAGAAAUUAAAAGAUGCGAAAUUCAAACUAAAUCCCGAUAAAUGUACUAUAGUAAAAACUAAAAUUGAAUAUCUUGGACACGUAAUCGAACAGGGCAAAAUCCAUCCAUGCCCGAACAACAUUCGCGGCUUAAUUAAUACACGAAUCCCAAAAACACCGGCUGAAGCGUCCAGGUUUUUGAAAGCUGCCGAAUACUACAGGAAAUUUAUUCCAAAAUUCUCCAUCAUCACUGAACCUCUGCGUAAAUUCGUGCCAACAACCAAAACAGAAGCCAGAAAAUACCAGAAGCAACAAAUCACAUUGACAGCUGAAGAAUUACAAGCAUUCGAACAAUUGAAGCAAAUCUUGACAUCUGCUCUCGUCCUUCGUCUACCAAAUAAUAAAUAUGCGUUCAAGGUUCAAACAGACGCCUCCGAUCAAGGCAAUGGAUGUGUUUUAUUACAAGAUUACCCUGAUGGAGAACACCCAUCUGGAUAUAUUUCAAAGAAAUUUACUUCAUCACAGAAAAAAUGGUCACCAAUUGAGCAGGAAUGCUAUGCUCUUAUUUGUGCUCUUGAUAAAUGGCAUAUAUAUCUUAGUGGUACAAAAUUUACAUGGGAAACAGACCACCGUGCGUUGAUACACUUGAAAAAUAAAGCACAAACAAACAAAAGAUGUGAAAGAUGGAGAUUGAGAAUCGCCGAAUACCAGAUUCAAAUUAAACAUAUUAAGGGAAUAAAUAACCCAAUGCCUGAUUACCUUUCACGAUCUCCGGUAGAUGAUCCAGAAGAAGAUCCCGACGAAUUAAUCGACGUAUCAUCAAAAUCGACACAAACAGAAGCAAUUGCAUCUUCUUUACCUAUUGUCUUUGCUGUCCAAACUCGCACUAUGGCAAAACAAAACACAGCCGAUCAAUCUGUAGUUAAACCUCCUGUUUCAACGACCCCAUUAACUCUAGAAGUCAAACCUGAAAGCUGUAUCAUACCAUUCACAUUAGACGAAUUGAAAAUGGCACAACAGAAUGAUGAUGAAACAAGGCAAAUUAUUGAUGAUAUUAAAAAUCACCAUAAUUAUUUUACAAAAAACGGUCUAUUAUUGCGUCGCAAUACUCCACCGGUGCCACUGGUACCAAAAGGAAUUCUUCGUAAUAGCAUUCUCAAAAUAUAUCAUGAUACGGCAGCCAAUGGAUCGCAUUUCGGCCGUGAUAAAACCCUACACAAAAUCAGAGAACGAUAUUAUUGGCCAUCCAUGACAAAAGACAUCCAACACCACCUCAAAUCAUGUAUCCAGUGCGCGCAAUUCAAUCCACAACGACGAAAAGCACCUGGACAUUUAAAGCCAAUACCACCUCCAAGCGGCGUUUGGGAAUUACUAAGUAUGGAUUUCCACGGCCCGAUCACACCGUCAUCAAAACGUGGCAACAAAUAUAUAAUCACCAUCACCGACGUCCUCUCAAAGUUCGUUAUAGCUAAAUCCGUGCGGGAUUGUUCUGCAACAACGGUAGUCCGUUUUUUAAAAGAAGAUGUCAUUACCAAAUUCGGUACACCCAAAUGCAUUCUAACGGACAACGGCACACAUUUCACUGCAUCAUUAACGGAAGAACUAUUUAAACAAUUCGGUGUCGUCCAUUUGUACACGACACCCUACCACCCUCAAACAAAUGGCCAAAUUGAAAGAUUUAAUAGUACUAUGGAUUCAAAGAUUGGAGCACUUUCAAACCAAAAUAAAAGUGACUGGGACGAACAAUUAUCUUUCGUUAUUUUCAGUUAUAACACUUCGAUCCAUUCCACAACAAAAGAAGUGCCAUUCAAAUUGUUAUUCGGUCGUGUUCCAGUUCUUCCUUUUGAUCAUCAGGACGAAAUCGUUUCCAUCCCUCAAGACCCGGAUUAUACCAAAAAACUAGAUGAAUAUUUAUCAUCUUUAACGCAAGAAGCAAGAAAUAAUAUUGCGAAUAAUCAAGCACGAUAUAAAAUACGUUAUGAUUCAAAUCGUCAAAAUCCGUCGUAUCGAAUCGGCGACUUAGUUCUCAUCAAGAGCCUUGGCAUGCGUUACAAAUUUGACGUACGAUAUGAGGGCCCCUUUAGGAUAAUUCAACAAAACGGCCAAAAAACAUUCGUCGUGGAACAUGUAAAAAAGAAUACAUUACGUCGACAAGUGACAGUCGAUCAGGAAGAAAUUGAUUGUCUUCAAGACCGAUUAAUAAAUGCAAGAUUAACAAAAAAUCAACGUCGAUCAAUUAGAAAAAAUAUUAAAAAUUUGAAAUAUUUCUUGACAUAUGACGUAUUCGAACCGUUAAAUUUUACAACUGAACAUGUUACGUAUAGAACAACAGAAUUUCAGUUACAAGAUUAUAUAAAUAAAGCAAGCAAUGCUGUCCGUUUCUUCCUUGACACCGAAUCGAUUAUUCAACCUCAUACUCGAGCUCCUAAUCGUCCCGCUCUUAUUCAAAUUCAAAUAGUCCACCCAAACGAAUCGUCUCUUGUCCUCCUCUUCGAAACGAAAUUUAUGCCAAGAACAACGUCCCCGAAAUUCACAUUAGUUCAACAAUUAUUCAAGACCAUUUUAACCUCGAAAGCAACAAUUCAUUCGUGGGGUUCAAUCCGUGAACUUGAUAAUUUCGUUCCGUUUGGUUUAUUCGAUGAAUCACAAAUUUUAAAUGCAAACUCCAUCGAUCAACAAAUAAAUUAUCAUAUACUAACCUUACAAUCCAACUGUCAUUGUGAACUAUGUAGUCAAAAAUUAGAGAACGAUCCAUUUUCACUUCAAGAUGCAUUAGUCCAUUCGAGCCGUUUAUUUUUAAACAAGCAAUGUACGAUUUCCAAAUUUGAUUGUGGCUUGGACCCUCGACUUUUCUCACGUACUCGAGAACAAACAAUUCAUUGUAAACAACUCAGUGACUAUGCAGCAGCAGAUUGUCUUGCGAUUCAACAUUUGUUCACAAACGGAUUUUUAAAGGAUAUCCAACUUCAUUAUCAUCAUCAUUAUCCAGAUUCAUCACCGUCUCCUCAACGUUUUCCUACUUUACCAUUGGCACCACCCCUCGUCUCAUUACCAUUGGAAGACAACGACUAUGAAAUGAUUUCUGAUGAUGAAAAUAAUAAUAGCACAACAGAACAACAACGCACAAAUGAAGCACCAACAUGUUUAAGGAUGAUUCUCAAACGUCCAGAACUUUGGAAACAAGUAGAAGAUUCUGAAGAAGAAGAACAACCACCGCUACCAAAAAACUCUCGACGACCGAUUUCGAUCGAAGAAUAUAGACAACGACGUGCGCUAAUAACAGUAACAUCAAUGACGUCUCCCACUCCCGUUUCAUUAUCACCAAAACUUCCACAACAGGAACACGAACAAUCCCAACCGUAA